AUGGUACAAAAUCCUAAUCCACCAAUCAAUAGCAGGCGAGGAUCUAUCAAGCCGUUAUCUCGCCCGACCACGGCAUCAGCUGUGAAAUCUGAAAUCUUGAAAAAGGUUUCGAUAAAGGAGGAGAUACCCGUUGGCGCUUAUACAGGCCUGAUAUUGGAUCAAGUUAAUGCUGUCACUAUCAAGCAGCAUCUGCAACGAAAGGAAACAGACGCCGUUUGGGCGUACAUGAGCAAACUGUAUGAUCCAGCCACAGAUGCCUCGCCAUCAGAAUCACUACGACCACAGGAACGGACUUCUGAUAUUGAGGAUUCUGAUGCACGUCGAGAAAUGAUUGUACAGUAUUCGCUCGAAGCCUUACUACACGGUCACAAGACAUUGGAUUUGGAUCCGUUUCAGUUAUCUGUAUGGCUUACAAUAUUGAAGGCAUCGCAUGAUCGAUUCACAGACGUAAUUGCGAAUAUGCACCAGUCUACAAGUAUUGACUAUGCACAAACCAGUGCACAAGCUUUCCAAUCUGUCAUGGAACAGUAUGUUGUUGGUGUACCGAUUCCACAACAUCUCGUUGAAGGGCUCAAGCCGAUAACCCCUUUCACAUGGAAGGAGAUUGAGAAUUUAGCAUCGUAUCAUGUCAAUAGCUAUGUCCAGCAGUCGAAACUCAUCGCAUACGUUUUUCGAAACCCACAAGAGAUUGCCAGGACUACUGAAACUCGAUCAAUGUAUAAUGCAGUGAUACCUCCACUGUCUGAAGGUAUUGAUGCUGAUCAAUGGGAGGAGGUUAAACGAACGGAACGUGAAAAACAGGAACACGAAGCUCUGCAGGCUGCUGAGAAGACAAACAUAUUAAAGUCGACGGUCAGUAUUGCACCAUUAGAGCCAAUACCGCAGUCCCGAGCUCCCGUUAGUGAACAAAAAUCAAUGAGGCCACUUACUCCAUAUACGGCGCCAAUCCCGGUCCUGCAAGCAGAAACUCUCUUCCCAUCCUCGACAAUCACAGUCCCAUUCAUUGAUCCCAACUUUGUUACUAAGACUAUCACGCAUACUGCAGCUUCAUAUAUGCAAACAUUCCAGCAACAUCUGGAGAAACGGUUGCAGCACCAAGAGCGCGAACUUCAGGCUAGAAUAUCGGCAAUUGAAGCUGCAAUGGCUGAGAAAGAAUCCAAUGCGCAUGAAGCUAUUGAUCCUGGAUGUACCUUGACCGAAUCUUCAGUGCUUCUGACACCCGUGAACUCCAAGAAAGACAAGAUCUCAGACUCUGUCGCAAACAUCAACCACCAGCAAACUUUGCCGAAACGGAUCAGUAGAUCCACCAAUAUAAAUACUAGAUCGACAAGGCCUUCCGAAGCUCCAGAGUCUCCUCAAAGCUCCCCGGAAUCCACUGUUACCAUCGAGAGCUCAUUCAAGGCCCUGACCUUGGACGACAGGAUAAAAGUAGAAGAACCCGUCUUAGAUCACUCCUUGACGGCUGCAAAUGAAGUAGAAUUCAACAUAGUAGAAGCACAGGCCACUACCGCUACUGACUCGUCAACGGAUAUCAACGACACCAACGUAUCUAAAAAUACAGAAGCAUCAGACACCGCCGCUGUAGACUCGUCAACGGAUACAAACGACACCAAAGGAUCUAAAAAGACAGCUGCUCUAUUACCCGUUGAACUACUCUUAUGUAUCUUUGCUUACUUUGCACCGCCAGCAACUGCUCUGGAAGAAUGUGCACUUAAUCAACCCAGAGACAGCUCAGCUGCUCUUCUGGCCUCAGCUCUUGUAUGUAAGCGGUGGGCAGUGCCAGCUAUUAAGACAAUGUGGAGAAGGCCGAUGAUCUAUGAUGUACAACGAUUUGCAAAGCUUGUGCAUACCGCUGAAGAGUCUGCACUAAAGAUAAUCGGUGAUCAUAGUAGUGAAGAUAUAACGAAGCUGGCUAGACUAUCAACGACGACGACUAGUUUUCCAUAUGUGGAUUAUCUCUGUCAGCUCUCGUUAUCAAAUACGUUAGCCGAAAAUCAACGCAAUGCUUCUAGACUAUCUGUAAUGUUACCAAGGCUAUUGCUCACCACAUCAAUGAGCAAGGCCUUGACGUUGUUGGAUCUUAGCUUUGCUAAAGGGGUGUCGAAUUAUAGUCUAUUGAGGUGUGCUACGAAUCUAUCAAACCUUCUCUGUCUGAAUAUCAGUGGUGGAAAUCGUAGUGAGAUAGUGGUACUAAAGGUAGCAGACUGUUGUCGAAGUCUCAAAAAACUGAGCUUGGCGUGGAACGAACAAGUGGGAGACUUUGCUAUGGUAGAAAUUGGGAAGAAAGUGAAACAUCUAGAAUGGCUAGAUGUGACUGGAUGUAUACAACUCUCUGACGCAGGCGUAAUAGCGUUUUCAAAGUCACAGGCUGAAGAACAUGAAACCCUUUGUACUGAUGCCUCGUCGUCGUAUAUCACUCCUGCUUCAUCACCUCGAGCUUCUCCAUACGCAAGCUCAUCAUUCAAUAGACCUCGUACACCACCGUUGAAGUACUUGAGCUUGUCAUAUUGUAAAGAUAUCACUGGGCAAGGAAUCCUUGGAGCCGCAGGAUAUCUCCCUGCUCUCAACGUACUGAAUAUCGUUGGCUGUGAAAACACCUCGUCAGCGAUGAUUGAAUUGCACGAUCAACGCCCAACGCUUCAAAUUAAUAGACCUUUCGUAGCAAUGAUAUAG